AUGCAACCCGACUCGAAUCGCGAGACAUCCUUUCCAGAAAUGACAAAUAGCGAUGCCGGUGUGCGGAAUCCCAACGAGCCCGGCGCCUUUGAUGAGAAGCCGCAAAGAGGCUUGCGGUUCUGGGCUAUCAUCAUCGCGCUAUGUACGGUCUCUUUGCUCUCUGCUGCCGAGAAUACUGUCGUCGUCACUGCCCUACCUACAAUCGUCGAGAAGCUUAAUGUCGGUCAGGACUACGUGUGGAUUAGCAAUGUCUUCUUUCUAACUAGCGCGGUUAUCCAGCCUUUAUGUGGGCAAUUAUCCAACCUCUUCGGGCGACGUCGCUUGGCCCUGUCUAUUGUCGCCAUCUAUAUCAUAGGCAGCGGAAUAUGCGGCGGUGCGAGAAACUCAGCUAUGUUAAUAUCCGGAAGAGCAAUCCAGGGAAUGGGCUCAGGUGGCAUUAACAUGAUCAUCGAUGUCAUCGUAUCAGAUCUCGUCCCAUUAAAGCAGCGCGGCAAUUUUAUCGCAAUAAUCAUAGCCAUAUACGGUAUCGGGACGACUCUAGGGCCAUUCAUAGGCGGUGUUAUCGUCGAAAACACAUCGUGGAGGUGGGUGUUUUAUAUUAACUUGCCUAUUGGCGGUUUAGCAUUCAUACUCCUAUUUUUAUUCCUCCGCGUCAAAUGGGAUAGGUCUACGACAGCCUAUGAGAAGAUGCGGCAAAUCGACUAUAUCGGCAAUGGAAUCCUAAUUACAUCUACAGUGUCUAUUCUGAUCGCUCUGACCUGGGCGGACGUGUUAUAUCCUUGGAAGUCAUGGCACAUCCUGGUACCCCUGAUGGUUGGAGUUGGCGGCCUUGUGCUGUUCGUGGCUUUUGAAGGCUUGCCCUUCGUGGCUGAUCCAGUCAUGCCUCUUCGUUUGUUUAACAACCGCACUGCUGUCAUCGUAUUUGUUGUCUCCUUUUUGAGCUCGGCUGAGAAUUACUGGCAGUUCUUUUUCAUUCCGCUCUACUUCCAAGGCGUUCGGUUAUCCUCGCCCUCGCAGUCUGGCGUGGAAUUGCUAGUAUACAGUCUCGUAGGGAUACCGGGGGCGGCUGUCGCACUAUUGAUGCUGUCUAGAUGGGGUCGAUACAAGAUUAUUCACAUUAUUGGCUCCGCCAUGUUCACCCUUGGAGUAGGCCUCCUCAGCAUCAUGGACCAAAACACUAGCACGGCGGCUUGGAUAUGGAUUAAUAUAGUAACAGCCCUGGGGACCAGUAUGCUCACGAAUACGUUACUCCCUGCCUUUCAGGCCUCGAUCAAAGAAGUAGACCAAGCGGCUGCUACGGCAAGCUGGAACUUUAUCCGAAGCUUCGGCAAUGUAUGGGGCGUGGCAAUCGCGGCGGCCAUCUUCAACAGCUUUACUGCGUCGUACGGGCCAGUGGUCGAAGACCCUAGAGCCAGAGCGCUGUUGAUGUCGGGGAAUUCGUAUGCAAGCGCGACAAAGGCAUUCGUGGAAUCGUUUGAGGAACCUGUGAGGCAGCAAAUCAGGACCGUCUUCACGCUGUCUCUUCAGAAGGUGUUCUUGAUUGGAAUACCGCUCUCUGGGGUUGUUUUCCUCUCAGUUCUCUUUGAAAAGGAAAUCAAGUUGAGAACGGAGUUGAAAACCGAGUUUGGUCUCGAAGAACGAGAGACCGCUGAAUGA